AUGUUACCCAAGGUUAUCGGUCUCCUCUCCUCGGCCCUUGUGGCUGGCGCAGCCAUUCUGCCUACCGCAGCGACCCUGCCUACCAUCGUCUUCACCCCGGGUGCCUGGCACGGCCCCUGGGCCUUCGACCUCGUCCGCGCCGGCCUGACCCUCAAGGGCUACGAGUCCGAGGCCAUCACGCUGCCCUCUGUCGGCGCGGACCCCGCCACCGUCGGGCUCGAGGAGGACGCCGCAGUGUUGCGGUCCACCCUCGAGACCCUCGCCGACGCUGGCAAGGAGAUCGUCCUCGUCGUUCACUCGUACGGCGGCAUGGUCGGUAGCAAUGCCAUCGAGGGCCUGGGAUACCAACAGCGCGCCGCCAACAACGAGACUGGUGGUGUCAUCAUGUUGAUGUACCUCACUGCCUUUGCUGCGCCGAACGGGACCAGCUUGUUGGACAUGUUGAGCGGAGAAUACCUGCCCUGGAUGAGAGCUGAUGGCGACAAGGUCUACGCUGACGACCCGGAGGACAUCUUCUACGCCGACGUGAACCCAGUCCUCCAGGCCGAGGCCAUCGCCAGGCUCAGCUGGCAGUCCGCGCGCGUCUUCGCCGACCCCUCGACGUACGCUCCCUGGACCGAAGGCAUCGAGGUCAUGUUCUUCCACACUGAGCAGGACAAGGCCAUCCCCUUGGCGACGCAGGAGGCCAUGGCCGCCCAGUUCCCCCCGGGAUACACGACCUUCUACGCCAACACGUCGCACUCUCCCUUCCUGUCCCACCCGGAAUUGGUCAUUGAGGGCGUCGAGCUAGCCGCCAAGGUCGGUCAGGAGAAGAUUGCUGCCUGA